CCAUUUGCUGGCUAUUCUGACUCUUUAUUAAGCACAAGCAUAAAGAAUAUAUGUGUACAUUCCCUCAAAGAAAAGGAAAAACUAUUCUCCAACUUGCAGACUCCUACACCUUGUUUUCCAGUUUAUAAGGAGCUAGUUUAGCACUCUCUUCCCCAUAACAUCCCUGCUUUACUUCAGUCUUGACUGAGGAACUUAUUGUUUCUUCUCUCUUUCCUUGUAUAUUUCAAUAUAUAGAGUUAAUUAUGGGUUCAUGGACAGUGAAGCAAAACAAGAGAUUCGAGGAGGCGUUGGCAUUAUAUGACAAGGAUACUCCUGAUCGAUGGCAUAACAUUGCGAGAAGUGUAGGAGGGAAAUCAGCAGAGGAAGUGAGGAGGCACUAUGACCUGCUUCUCAAGGAUAUCAUCCAAAUAGAAAAUGGUCAUGUACCUUUGCCCAAAUACAAGCCUGCUGGACCUUAUGCUAAUGAACAAAGGCUUCUGAAGAAUCUAAGGCUACAGUGAGAAGAAAAUUGCAGCGAUGCUCAAUAUAUAGUCAAUACCAUCAGUUCUGUAUAAAAUGCAAAAAAGAUAUGCAUCAACAUUAUUAGCAAAUUCAUCUCUAAAGUGAUUUGCAACUUAUGUUUAGUCCUCCUCUGGUGCUUCUUUCGCCAACUUUCUAUUCCCAGAUUAUAAAGAAAACAAAAUGCACUACGAUUAUUUCUGUUUCAGCUAUAUAUCUUUUGCUUCUAUCUUCGUGUAUGUUUUUGUUUAGACCAAAAUAUGUAAAUGAAAAAAAUAUUACUGUAAUACUAUGUUUCCGU